AUGACAGCAAUGCAAGGCGCGAAUCGACUCGUUGGUGGGUGGCUGAUUGCCGCAAUCACCUCGGUAUGCUCGUCAGGCUUUCUGUUAUUCGGCUACGACCAGGGAGUCAUGUCGGGCGUGGUGAUAUCCAAGUACUGGUUGGCGCAAAUGGACCAUCCGAGCUCACUCAUGGUUGGUACUAUGACUGCGUUGUAUGAUGUUGGGGCUGUAUUCGGUGCAAUUGGUGCUGCUUUGACUGGGGAACAACUUGGGCGGAAGAGAACGCUUCUGCUAGGGACCACGGUCUUGAUCAUCGGCACGAUCCUCAUGGCGAGCAGCUAUGAACGGAUCCAGUUCAUGGUUUCCCGAGUUUGCACGGGAAUAGGCAUCGGAUACAUCACCUCCGUCACCCCUGUCUAUCAAGCUGAAAUCAGUGCCGCCGCGCAACGGGGUUGGCAAGUAUGCUGCCAGCUCACGACCAUGCUUGGAGGGCUGAUGGUUGCGUAUUGGAUCAACUACGGCUUCUACUUCGUUCACAGCAGCGCACAGUGGAGGUUUCCCCUGGCAUUUCAACUGGUCUUUGCUAUAUAUAUCAUUUUGGUCGCUCCAUGGCUUCCCGACACACCGCGUUGGCUCAUGCGACAUCGAACUCCCGCGGAAGGGCUUGCAGUGAUCGCCCGGCUGAGGGGACGAGAUGAGAAAGACCAGCUCGUGCAAAUGGAGAAAGACGAGAUCAUGGAGGCCAUCGCCAUCGAAGAGAAGGAACAAGGAUCGUGGGCAGACCUGUUCCGCAACAACGGCAUCUCGGCCAACAAGAGAUUCUACCUGGCUCUGGGGAUCCAAUUCAUGCAGCAGAUGUCGGGCAUCAACAUUGUUACAUACUACGCCCCGACGCUCUUCAGUACGUCGUUGAACAUGUCCCAAGAGAUGUCCAUUCUCAUGGGCUGCUUCCUGCAAUUGUGGUACAUCAUUGCCUCUUUCCUCACCUGGUACACCAUAGACCGCGUGGGGAGACGGCUCCUCUUCAUCUCAAUGGCUCUCGGCAUGUGUCUGGUUCUCGUGGCCGAAGCAAUCGCCGUCAACCGCAUCGAGGCGGACAACUACCACAACACCUCCGCAGGUGUGGCGGCCGUGUUUUUCGUCUUCGCCUUCGAAGCGUGCUUCACGUGGGGUUGGAUGGCCACUGUCUGGGUCUAUCCCCCGGAGAUCCUGCCUCUGAAGAUCCGAGCUAAGGGCGCCGCGUUGGCCGCUGGUGCUGACUUCUUAGGCAACUUCCUCGUCGUGGAAGUCACGCCUGACGGGGUCGAAAAUCUGGGAUGGAGGUUCUACAUUGUGUGGGCCGUGCUGAACCUGGCAAACGCUAUCAUCGUCUGGCUCUUCUACCCCGAAACCGGCGGCCAACCUCUCGAAGCCAUCGACACGCUCUUUGUAGCUAGAGACUCCACUUUGAACGUCGUGCUGCCCGAUGAGGACGAGGCAGGACUUGAGGUAGGACUAGGCAAGAAUGGCCUCCUGAGCAGGCUCCAAUGGAGCAUCGUCCGAAAAGCGGACAGGCAAGUCAAGGCGUACAAGCACGCCGCCGGACGGCGAAUCUUCUCACAGGCUACAGUCUCGGACAAUACCACUACGCCGGAAGGGGACGAGGAAGAAGAAGAAGCAGAUGGACAUGGCAAAAUACACGACGACCGGCGAGAAGUGCUCCAGAAGUGA